UCUUCAAAAACACAAAACAAGAGAGAUGAGAGAGAAAGGCUUUUACUGCAAUUCAACAAAGAGAGAUUCAGAAAAUUCUAUCGUUGUGGUGUGGAAGAAAAACAGGAGGGAAUUUGGGGAAGGUGUGUCAAUGGUGGGCAAAAAUAAUUAGGGUUUUUUGAAGCAAAAGCACAUUUGCAAUUAUACCAUUGUUUCGAAACUUUUCAACUUUUUCAUCAUCAAAAUCAAACCCCCCUUUUUUGGGGGUUUUCAAACCACUUUCCUCUUUCAAAUUCUCUAAGAAAAACAUUUUUGAAGUGGAGAAGAAUCUGGAAGACAGCUAGCUGGAAUCAAGAAAUGGAAAUGGCAAUUUUAGGGUUUGUGUUUUUGGGUAUCUUCUUUUGUGAAUGCUCUCUUGCUCUCACUCCAGAUGGUGUGGCAUUGCUGGAAGUGAAGACGGGUUUGAAUGACAGCAAGAACUUGCUUAGUAACUGGAGAGACAGUGAUGAAUUUCCAUGUCAAUGGAUUGGCAUUUCUUGUAGCCCUCAAGACCACAGAGUAAUUUCUAUCAACUUGCCAUAUAUGCAGCUCGGAGGUGUGAUUUCCCCGAGCAUUAGUAAGCUUGGUCGAUUGCAGAGAUUGGCACUUCAUCAAAAUAGUCUCCAUGGUUUCAUUCCUAAUGAGAUUGCAAAGUGUUCCCAACUACGAGCUUUGUACCUUCGAGCGAACUACUUUCAAGGAGGGAUACCGUCUUCGAUUGGAAACCUUUCUUUGCUAACUAUAUUGGAUUUAUCAAGCAAUACAUUGAAAGGUGCUAUCCCGUCUUCUCUUGGCCGGUUAACACGACUAGCGUAUUUAAAUUUGUCGACGAACUUCUUGUCUGGCGAAAUCCCUGAUGUUGGCGUGCUCAGCAAGUUUAGGAACACGUCGUUUACGGGAAAUUUGGAUCUUUGUGGUCAACAAGUGAACAAACCAUGCCGAACCUCGCUUGGCUUUCCCGCCGUGCUACCGCACGCCGAAAGCGACGAGGCAACGGAUUCUACGAUCCCGCGAAAGCGAUCUUCACAUUACGUCAAAGGAGUGAUAAUCGGCGCGGUAUCCAUGUUUGGGUUUGCGAUAAUUUUCCUCGCCGUGUUCCUUUCGAUCUGGAUGCUGACGAAGAAGGAACGAGCCGUUAGAAGAUACACGGAAGUGAAGAAACAAGUCCAUCAAGAACCGCGGGCCAAGCUUAUAACUUUCCACGGCGACCUCCCGUACACGUCUUGCGAGCUCGUUGAAAAAAUCGAGUCUCUUGACGACGAGGAUGUCGUAGGGGCCGGAGGGUAUGGUACUGUGUAUCGAAUGGUUAUGAACGAUUGUGGGACAUUUGCAGUAAAAAAAAUCGAUCGGACAAGAGAAGGCUCGGACCAAGUUUUCGAGAGGGAACUCGAAAUUUUGGGCAGUAUAAAGCACAUAAACCUCGUAAAUCUACGAGGUUAUUGUCGACUACCAACAGCGAAGCUUCUUAUCUACGACUACUUGGCAAUGGGUAGCUUGGACUAUUUCUUACACGAUACAGACGAUAAUUCCGAAGAUCGUGCGUUGAAUUGGAGUGCCCGAUUGAGAGUAGCCAUCGGUUCGGCGAGGGGAUUGGCGUAUUUACACCACGAUUGUUCUCCGAAAAUAAUUCACCGCGAUAUAAAAUCGAGCAACAUUCUAUUAGAUGAGAAUCUCGAUCCUCAUGUCUCUGAUUUCGGCCUCGCUAAGCUAUUGGUUGACGAGGAAGCUCAUGUCACGACUGUGGUCGCCGGAACAUUCGGGUAUCUUGCUCCAGAGUAUUUGCAGAGCGGUAGGGCCACCGAGAAGUCCGACGUCUACAGCUUCGGUGUCCUGUUGCUCGAACUUGUGACGGGAAAGCGACCGACGGAUCCGUCGUUUGUGAAGAGAGGAUUAAACGUCGUCGGAUGGAUAAACAUACAUUUGAAAGAGAAUCGAUUGGAGGAUGUGGUCGACAAACGAUGUCCGGAUGCUGAGCCGGAGACGGUGGAAGUGUUGGUCGAGAUAGCGGGGCGGUGCACGGACGGGAACCCCGACGAGCGACCCUCGAUGCAGCAAGUUUUGCAGUUCUUGGAGCAAGAGGUCAUGUCGCCGUGCCUUAGCGAGAUAUACGAGUCGCAUUCGGACAAGAGUUAGGGAUCGGGUUUUUUUUUUUUUUUGGCGCGUUAUUAUGUGUUUGUCCAAGGAAGAUGGGACGGAUAUAAAUGUUGUAUUGUUCGGCGACUCGCCCCGACGGGCUGGCGCGAACAAUUUUUGGGACGAGCUAACGAUUGUUUGGCGAGUUCACUAAGGAUGUGAAUUUGUUCGA